GAUAUCGGCCGUCAAUUUCAGAAUUAAUUGUUCGACUUCUAAUUUGCAUAUCGAUUGAUUUAAGUGCAAUCAGAGUUAGUAGUAAAAACAGUAAGACCGUCAAGGAUAAAAAUCCGGAAAAACAAAGUGAAACUGAAAGUAGAAAACGUAAACAUGAGGACAUUAAUGUAGAUGAUGGUCAAAAAAACAAAAAACAGUGUCAAGAAAGUUAUUCUAAGAAAGACAAAAAGUAUGACGCAACAAGAGAAAGAAAAUUCAUUGGAACAUGGCUUGAUGAUUUUGACAGGCUUCAAUAUGAGAAGGAUGAAAACCUCAUGUUUUGUAAAUAUUGUAGAAAGUAUCCGAAGCAAGCCGCCACUAAAUUAAAUCAAACAUGUGUAUUUGUUGAGGGCUCAAGAAACUUUAGAUUAGAACCAAUUCGUUCUCAUAACAAAAGCACUGCUCACAAAAAUUGUGCAAAUCAGUUUCUUCGGGAUGAGGAAAAGUCUUCAUUAGAUGUACCCACCAAAAAAGCUCCGGAAAUUAGGAACACAGAUAUUGGGAAAGCUCUACAUAAAUUGGGAGAAAAAGAAUGUCAACGUAUGAAGUUUGUUUUCAAUUGUGCCUACUCCCUAGCCUAUCACAACAAACCCUUCACUGAUAUGAAAAUGAUGUGCACACUUAUGAAAAAAAAUAGUGUAGACCUUCCUGACAAUUAUGACAAUGAUGUGAGAGCCCGUGAAUUUGCUUAUUCUAUAGCUGAGUGUAUUCAACUUGAUGCUGUCAAUGACAUUCUAAAUAGCCCUUAUGUCUCCAUUCUAGCUGAUGGCAGCACAGAUGUUUCAUUUAGGGAACAAGAAAUUGUGUAUUUAAGGUACCUAAGUGAUGGAGAAGUUAAAACAAGAUUCAUUUCACUGGAAAAGCUUAAAUCUUCAGAUGCCAAGGGUGUAAAAGAAGGAAUUGACUCUGGACUUUCACGCUUUGGAAUAGAAUUCUCAGAUCUUACAGAUACUGGGAACGGAAAACCUACACUGGUGUGCGCUAACUUUGAUGGUGCUAGUGUUAUGCAGGGACUGAAAACUGGGACAAUGUCAAUGAUAUUGAAAGAUGCUCCUUGGGUGUUUCCUAUGCACUGUGUUGCCCAUAAACUUGAACUGGCCGCUCUAGAUAGUGUACGAACAGAUUCUUACUUGAGAAAGUUUGAAGACAUUGUAAAAGGAAUAUACAUGUUUUACCACUUCAGUCCUAAGCGAAGACGAGAGGUCAAAGAAGUAGCAGAAUUCCUUGGAAGUGAAUUGGUGCACAUGAGUGGUAUCAAACAGGUUAGAUGGCUUGCUAGUAGGACACGGGCUUUGUCAGCACUGAAAAAGAACUACGCUUCGAUAGUGGCCCAUCUUGAGCAUGUUGCAGCGAGAAACUCGUCUGAAGAGUCAGCAAGGGCUAAUGGGUAUUUGCGGGGAAUGACAACCAUCAAAUUUGUGACACUACUACAUUCAAUGGUGGAUAUCCUGGACAUCACCUCUAGUUUAUCAAAAGUCUUCCAACAGUCCAACCUGCUUAUCUCAGAAGUCUACCCAGAAACAGAGAUUCAUUUACUGAAGCUAGAGGAACUAAAGCAUAGACCUGGCCAGAACUUACAGGCAUUUAAUAGCCAGUUCAAUGAGGAGGAAAGGUGCCUACAGGGUGUAAAACUUUCUGGUGACCUGCCAUCCAGUACUUUCACCCAUGAUAUCAUAGAUGACCUUAUCAAGUAUAUUGACAAAAGGUUUUCAAAUUUCAAUGAAGAUCCAUUGAAAUGCUUUGCUGCCUUGAAUUAUAAGGCUAUCCCACAGAACCGUACAGACUUGAUGAGAUUUGGAACUAAAGAGGUCGAACAACUGAUCAGUCACAUGCCCCAACUUUUCCCCAUAGAGUCCCAUAGAUCAGUAUUGAAUGAAUACAUGGAUUUGAAGGUUUACAUGAGAGAGAUGAAUCAAACAGGCCAGGAGCCAAGUGAGGUUUACAAGAUUCUCUUAAAUAAACAAAACAUUCCAAACGUGAAAAAACUCUUACAGAUAAUGUUAAUUGUGAGCCCUACCACUGCACAGUGUGAAUGUGGCUUCUCUGCCAUGAAACAGUUGAAAACACAAUUGAGAAAUUGCUUGAAACAGGACACUCUACAAAUGCUCAUGACUAUUCAACAGCAUGGCCCUUCACUAGAGGACUUUUGUUCUGAGAAAGCCAUCAACCACUGGUUGACCUGUGGCAAAGGCUCUAGACAUGUGAAUGGACAUUCAAAGAAAUUCUUGGUUACAAAACUAUAAAACCCCUGAAAGACUUUAUAACCAGGCACAGGCAUCAUGGUUACUUAACCAAACAAUGAAGACAAUGUUUAAAGUCAUUGUUACAAGACAUGACAUUGAAUGAAUAUAUGUACAAUCAAUCUGUUCAAUUCAAUAUAGAUAUAAGUGUAUGUGUGAAAUGUAUAUCUCUGCUCUGUUACCAUUAUACAUUGAUGCAUUGUAAUUAAGAAUAAGGAAAUGUAAAUAUCUGUUAUGUAAACAUUAUUUAUUGAAUAUUUAAGGAAAUGUAAAUGUCUAUUUUAUAAAUUUUUAUUCAUAAAAGAAAAGUUCUUGAAAGCAUUUUCUAGUUAGUAAUAAAAUUAAAGGAAAUGUAAAUAUCUGUUCUGUAAGUUGAUCUAUCUAGUUAUCAACAUUAAGGAAAUUUAAUUUCCCCUUCUGUUAACAUUAUUUAUUCAAUAGUAAUGUUUUAAGGUUAUGUAUAUAUUUGUUCUGAUAGUUUUAUUGUUUUUAAGAUGAAGGAGAUUUAUAUAUAUACUUUUCUGUUUUGUUGACAUCACUUCAUUCGACAGUUAAGUGUAAGGUUAGGAAAUGAAAUAUAUAAGGAAAGCUUAACACAUAUCUAAAUUUGUGCUAAGCAUUUUCUUGAUAAACAGAGAAAAUGUGAUAUGGCUGUAAAAGUGAACAUAAAUCAUGCAAGCAAAUGUUAAUUUUUAUUAUAAAUAAAAAGCAAAUUAGAAAUUGAUUUUGUUCUUUCCUUGUAUAUAGUGCACACAAACAUCGUUGAAAUUUUUACACUUGAGACAAGGACAUCUCUGAUCAAUUUUGGGACAACUCUAUUUUGCCAGGUCACUUGUCCUGGACAACUCUAUUGAAAAAAAGUUUGUAGAGCCCUGGUACACUUUUAUAUGUACAUGCAUAUAAAAUAUACAUGUAUAUGGCACGGAAAAUAAACAAAUGUGUAUUUGAAAAUCGCUAUGAUGAUAUUUAAUGAAGAACUAGUUGCUCAAUAAAGUUUAUUUAAGCAUUUGAUUUACAUCAACACAACAUUACAUCAACACAACAUUUUUUUAUCGUUUUUUAGGUUCAACUGUUUC